AUGUUUCCUACAGUGGUCUCUGGCCAGGGUGGUGUGUGGAAUGCGGGUGACGAAGCCCAGCCUCACAUUCAACCCACACCCACUAGCCCUGUGACCGUGUCGCCAGGGUCUAUGAUGCCUCCAGGGCCGUCAUUUCCUGCAUCGUCGACUUCAAUAAGGGAAGCAGGAUCAGAACCAUCUGCACCCGUGCUACCAUCAACUUUUUUGCAAGCCUCAUCGACUCCAUCUCCCCUGAUCCCAGCGCCCCCGGCGCCAAUCAAUCGCUCCAUCGACUCGCGCGCUAGUCCUGGAUUUCUGCACGGAGUGGGCUCAUUUCCUCCUACCUUGGCUUAUUCGACCGGUGAAUCACUAACUAUCUCCCCCCAAGAUACCAAUAUGACCAACAUGACCCACCCGACGGCUGCCCAAGUCGCCCCUGUCGCUAAGGCCGGCACACCAAAAAAAGCGUCUUCUAGUGGUGUGGCGUCUCGGCCUGUAGGACGCCCACCGUUGCUCGGAAAGCCAACUGGCGCGCGUCGUGGUCGGCCCCCGCGUAACCCACGCCCGCCGCCUGAGGCUGCAAAUUCUUCGUCAACAUCCAACUCACUUUCCUAUCCUGCACCAGCGCCCGGAGUCAUUGCCCGGCCUCCUUUGCAGCCGCCUGUCUCGAGCGCAACACAUUCAUUUCCGGCAUCAAAUCCGUUGGCGGGGUCCGCCUUGCGUCAUGGAUGGACACCAUCUCUAACAGUGCAGAAACAACAGGCAUUGCUUACAAGAGCGAUGCAAGUUUCACAGGCGCAGAAUGCAACCAAUUUCACGCCAUUUCACGCGCUUUUACAAAUGGGAUUUUUGUUUGUACGUCAUGCGCAGCUUCCAGCAAUGCCGUCAGCAAGCUUAAGUGACGGGGUUGUCUUACGUCUUGACGAGGCGUCGUCAUUAGGUGUUCUUCCGCCUCAGCUUGUAUCGAAAACUCGAAUGCCGAUGGCGGGCAUGUCGCCGUCGACAUCAACUAUGGUACACGGUGUAUCAUCUAAGUCAGGGACAACUGUGGGCUCUAUGCCUGCGAACUCCUCCUCUGCGUUUGCAUCUCCGAUGUCAUCCACGGUCCCCACUACGCAGCCGCACCAUGGCCAGUCGGGCAGUAUAUCGUCCUUCAUUGAUGCUAAUACUGCACCACUUGCAUCGUCUUCUGGAUGGCCGGAGCUGCCGACAUAUUUUCCAGGCCGUGCGUUUGUUGAUGGUGGUGCUCCUCCCGCGAAGUCUGCUGUAGAUAUGCCUGUGACGACACAGAAUACGCGUCUGACGAAAUUACCCAGCACAGAGCCAGUGGAUCCGAAGGUGUGGAAGCCGAUGUCACCAAAGACGAAGCGUGAACUAAGGGCCACGAUGGAGAGCGAUGCUGCGUUCUCGACCCGAAAGGCACGCCAAGACAAGGCCAUGGACACAGAGUUGUAUAUGCGAGUCUCAAAUCUUAUGCAGCCGAGUCGGCCCUUACCUUGGUGGGAACGUUCUCGUGCGAUGGAUACCUCGUCUUCGCCUCAUACAGGAUCAUUACAAAUUAUAUUCCCUGCGCAGAGACAGCGUCAUUGGGAGCAUUUGGGGCUGCAAGGUAUGCGAACGAGGCUGUCUCUGAAGGGCGAAAAUGCGAAGCGCGUUUCGUCGCUGCCUGAGACUCUCGUGCCGAUCCGACUGGAUUUAGAGCAUGAGCCGUUUAAGUUGCGUGACACAUUUUUGUGGAAUGCCGUCGAGGAUGAGACGUCACUCGACUUGUUUGCUGCAUCUAUAUGUGAAGACUUAGGCGUGCCGCCGAAAGUGUUCAUGGAACUUAUCAAAGUCGCUGUCCAAAGCCAAGUCAACGAGUACGCGACGAAUAUGGCUUUGCGCAUGAGCGACAACGCAGAAGAUGAUGAGAAUACUGAUGGCGGUGGGCAUCUGAAUGAGGCAGCCGCUUCAAUCUGGCUUCGUCUUCGCGAGCGGGUGUUGAACCAAAGCACAAAACAUAUGCCCGGAACCAUGGAACCCGUCGCAGAAAAUCAUGAUACCCCGGAAGCAUCGUAUCUCGAAGAUACGGAGAAUGUGCCUGACAAUAAAAUUCCUGACGAACUCCGUGUAUUGAUCAAGAUCGAUAUCCUGGUGGGUGGCACACACUUAAUUGACCAGUUUGAAUGGGACUUGCUCGCACGUCACUCACACGAUGCCGAGACAUUUGCCGCGACAUUUGCCGCAGAGCUUGGCUUAGCUGGUGAGUUCAAGACGGCUAUUGCUCACUCCAUACGUGAGCAAGCCACGAAUUAUCUACGUGCCCUAGCUGUGUUGGGCUAUCCUUUUAAUCAGCUUGCUAGUUUGGACGAAGACAUCCGUGCAAGUUUCCUGCCAGCUGUGUCGCCAUCGCUAAUUUCACGUCCGCACGAAUCUCUUGACGCAUACACGCCAAAAUUGAUCCAGCUAAAUUCAACGGAGGUCUUGCACCUGGAGCGUGAGCAUGAACGAGAGUCGCGACGUAAGCGCCGGCAGACCAAGGGACGCCGAGGAACACAGAACGUUGACAUUGAGCCACAGCGCACGAUCCGUUCUCUGCCGCUAUACGGCUUUCAGGGUGCAAUGCCAGAGAUGGAGCGUCCUCAGCCCGCACGACGCGCCGCCGCCGCAGCAGCGGCGAGUCUUGCGUCAGGGUCAUCAACUGCGCCACAUGAACUGAGUCCCGGCGUUGAUGAAUCGUCCGUAUUUUUGCCGUCGACGAAGCGCAUCAAACACGACUGGUACGACAUGUAUUUCCGAUACCCGGGCGGGCUUGGCAGCGAGAGUGAAGCAAGACGCACACAGCCUUCGACCAGCUCGGCUCUUGACACCAUGGCGUCCAGCACCACGGCGAAGGCACCUACGUUGGGCACACAUCCUGACCCGACUUUUGCUCCUACCCCAUCCUUAGCAUCUCGACACGUGCGACCAGAGGAUUUAGAAAGGCAGCACCCGACAAUGCAUGAUGGCGUGUGGCAUUGUGCAAAUUGUGGUAUGCCUGGUUACCUCGAUGCAGCUCGACGAAAAGGGCCAGCUGGCGAGAAGACACUUUGUGGUCCGUGUGGAAAGUACUAUCACCGACAUCGACGCAUGCCAAGUGUUCUGUACUCACGGGAUCCUGCGCACCACUCGAAGAAGCCGCGCGAGUCGACGCCUGUGCUUGACGCAUCGGCACUGACGCAUGAGCAGGACGUCUCCUUGACAGAGAAUGACCAAGACACCCAAGGUCCGCCGCCUCUAUGGCUUGUCCAUGCCGUUGACGCGUGCCGCUCCAAGUACAAGAACGACCGCUUUUUUAUUCAGAUGCGAGCCCGACCACCAGAUGCCAUACCGGACGGCGAUCUAUGGCGGAUCAAAUGUCUCGAUUGCCCGGGCAAAGUUUACAAACCAGGGCCUGGUGAGUCCCUGGCAAACUUUGAAAUUCACUUGAAGAACCGAAGUCAUCGCUUGGCUGUCUCUCGACGACUUGGCGGUGACGAUGACUUGGAAUUUCUUGUCAAGUCCAACUGA